CUGAAUCGCCCUACAAACUCGCCAAAGGCUAGCCAAAGGCUAAAAGGGCCGCCUAAAACGAGGCGGCAUUCACAUGUAUCUUUUUCUAACGGUUCUCAUGGCGUAGAUACUUUGGGGGGCCGUGCCAUACCGCUGGGUCCGGUUGUCGGCGCCACACUAUUACACGCUUACAACCGCCCUGGCGGUCAAUUAGCUUUUUCUCUGACGACAGUGACGUUUUCUUCUUUUUCUUCCCUUUCCAACGUUUCUAGAACAAAGUUCCCCUUCUAUCCUUCGUUUGAUUCUUUUAUAAACCGAGACUCGAAGUCAGUCAGUCACAAUGACACAGUCGUCGCCGCUGCUCACCGUGCCCGUCGAGAUCCGCUACAUGGUCUACCAGUACCUUCUCGACGCUGGAAAAGAGCGCCGAAUCACAAUCCAGAAUAAACCAGGUCUACCGCUCUCCCGCAACUUCGACCACUUUGGCAACAAGCGCCGCACGCCGUACUAUGUCCAGGGCAAGGCCAUGGACCGGCGCGUCUACGAGACAACCUACGCCCUUGCCGACGAUACGGACGUCCAGAUACAUCCAGCCAUUCUCGCCGUCAACAGAAAACUGCGCCGCGAAGCCUCCGAGUAUCUCUACGGCCGCCACUCGUUCCACUUCGGCGACCACAUCGAGGCCGUGGCGCCGUUCCUGCGCGACAUGACCUCCCCGACACUCGACUUGCUCAAGGAAAUCACAAUACGCAAACGAGCGCCCCUGCGCGGGCUUGAGACGGAUAGCUCGUCGUGGCUGAAUAUCUGCAAGCUCAUCUCGACGCUGCCGCGACUGCGUAAGCUACGUUUGAUUGUGGAGGGUGGAUGUCCCACGCGGCCGUGGGACGGACCCCAGAUGCUCAAUGUGUCGGAUAUCAAGCUGCUGCAUGCGACGAGGCACGAGUGUCUAGAUUGGGUGACGGGAUUGGGGCUACUGAGGAGUGUUGAAGAGGUUGAGAUUUGCGCAGAGCUCGGGUUCAUGAUGGAGCCGACGACGUCGCCGGCGCUUAUCUAUGCGGCGCUGUCGGCGUCGAUAGAGACGACGCUGGUGGAGUAUUUGAGAGUUGAGAUGGGUAUUUCGGCAACGGCUGGAGGCGAGUAGUGUAUAUGUGAUGAAGGGAUUGAAUUAUGACUUGACGAAUCUGUAAGAGAGCGCUGGCUGUUGCGCUGUUUGGAAUGAGCAUCCUUAGUCGCGCUUGACGAACGUUUUUUGCGUUUGGAGUAUUAUUGGUUAUUGUAGUUGGAAUCAUGUAGAUAGAGCUAGUACAGGGUGUAGUAAAAUAUAAAUAAUCACGCCUGAUGUCAUUCUGUUAGUAGCAACAUGUUGUUUGUAGGAUGCGCCCCCAUUGGAGGCAAUUGCACCCAGGGGAGGCGGAAAGCAUCAAUUCAACUGAUUUUCAGUAGCCUUCCAUUAACAAGGCAAUACAUUUUGAGAAUAAAAAGCAAUCAUUCCUGUCGGAGAAUAUUCCUGUCGGGUU